GUUCGUCCUCGGGGCGCACCCACAUCUUUUCUAGUCCCUGUCGGCUCCCGGCCCGGGGGGAGAGCAGCGGCUUCUCCAUCCCGCCCGCCGCGGCUCGGCUCGGUGCCUACGGCCGGGGAUGCCCAGCGCUCCGCAGGCGCCCGCGCGGCCGCCCAAAGAAGCCCCCGAGCAAGGACCCCACUCUGGCCGCGCCAUGGCGGCCGCCGGCGGGGACGCGGCGCAGGAUGGGUUACAUCCAAGGAAUCUUAUCCCUGAGCUUUGUAGACUUUUUUAUGGUUUAGGUUGGGUAACGGGAACUGGUGGAGGAAUCAGCUUGAAGCAUGGAGAUGAAAUCUACAUCGCUCCUUCAGGAGUCCAAAAGGAAAGAAUACAGCCAGAAGAUAUGUUUGUUUGUGACAUGAAUGAACAGGACAUCAGUGGUCCUCCACUGCACAAGAAACUAAAGAAAAGCCAGUGCACACCUCUUUUUAUGAAUGCCUACACUAUGAGAGGGGCAGGCGCAGUGAUCCAUACACAUUCCAAGGCUGCUGUUAUGGCUACCCUUCUUUACCCAGGGAGUGAGUUCUCUAUUACCCAUCAGGAGAUGAUAAAAGGAAUCCAGAAGUGUACUUCAGGAGGCUAUUACAGAUAUGAUGAUACACUAGUGGUUCCUAUUAUUGAGAAUACACCAGAAGAGAAGGAUCUCAAGGAGAGAAUGGCACGUGCAAUGGAAAAAUACCCAGACUCUUGUGCUGUCCUGGUCAGACGUCACGGUGUUUAUGUAUGGGGAGAGACAUGGGAAAAAGCCAAAACCAUGUGUGAAUGUUAUGACUACUUGUUUGAUAUCGCAGUGCAGAUGAAGCAGCACGGGCUAGAUCCUUCAAAACAUCCAGCAGGAGAAAAUGGGAUCUUGUAAAUGUCAACAACAUAUAUACUCAGGUUUCUUACAUGACGAUGGGAGUUCCAGCUUUCACCCCACACCGUUGAAGCCAGAAGGGGGUGCUGAUCCUCAGCUGAUUGACAAAUGUCAGCAGGAACUUCUAACUAUUAAACACAGCCAAGACUUAAAGGAGAGUUAAAAAAUCCCAACUACUGAACAAUCAUUGGAGUUUCCAAGCCCUGCCAAAUGCCACAGUAGUAGGAAUAAAAAUGCAGAUGCAAAAAUACUUUGAAAAACUUUGGAGAACUAAUGCCACAUUUUAGUUUCGUGCCUUAAAAAUUCAUAUUUCAACAACCUGCACUUGUUGAUCCUGCCCUAAUGCUACAUCAUUUCACUUGAAAUAAGUCUGCUUUUCUGAAAGCUAUUGUAGCUUUUAUUCUUCUGGAAAAAAGUGAGGACAACCCCUUAAUUAGAAGUUAAUAAAGUUUAAAGCAUUGUUUGAA